UGCGUAUGGGGGAGCAGCAGGAGUAUAGCGCCCUGGAUCUAGGGUCUCCCCUCCCUCUCCCACCAGCGCCGCGCCCGUCAUGUGCGACUCAGGGCGUGACCUGACUGACACACAGAGCCAGCGAGAGAGAGGCGACGACGGAGACAGAGCGGAGCAGCAGCCGCAACAGAAGCAGCAGCCAGGAGGAAGAGGGCUUUUCCCGAGAUUCAAUGCCAGUGCCGGUGCUGGGUCCAGCACGAGUUUCUAUCUUAGUUAGCCAGCCACCACUACCACCGCGCAGCUAAUGUUGCCUCUGAUCAAGUACCACUCUUGCUGCCAUCAUCAUCACCCAGAUACUAUAACCCAUUUGCAGCAGCAUCCCCCCUACCCUUCGCUAUCUCCGCAUUCAUGAGACUCCCCGAGUAUCUCUCCUCUCGAUUCCUCUUGAUUCCUUCCCGCCACCCCCCUGACACUCACUCCAUCCCCUCCUUGGUGGCCUGAUUGUGUCAUCGUUUCGUGAAUCCUUUUAGUGGGAGCUUUGGGUGUGUCGUGUAUCCACUUGCUUUGCGGCACUUGUAGUUCUGAGGGUCGAUCUAUCCCAGUGUUGGUUAUCUCGCGCUUGACUGGUUCAGUUCUCUGAAGUUUUUAGUGGAGACGUGGCUGGUGAUGGUAGACCGGAGUUAGGUUCGAUCAGACGCAAUUAUGUUCGCUGAGGUGGUGGUCUCGGGGUCGAAUGCGUUGUGUUUCAAGGCGGAGGAGCCAGAGACGAGUGUGGACUUUGUUGUGGCUAGGAAUUGAGACUUGGGGGUUGGUGUGUCUUGUGCUAGUGCGCGCUUGCCGUAGAGCAGAAUCUCUGGAAGACGGUCUUGAGGAUUUCGAUGUUGUGUGUUCGCGCGCAAUUUCAAUAAACGCAGCAGUAGUAGCACAGCGACGGUUGGCUAUUUUCUUGACUUUGACGAGUAGAGUGAUCUUGGGAACUUCUGCCUUUUUCUUUUUCUUCUUCUUCUUCUUCUUCUGCUGCCGCUUCUGCUUUAGUUUCUUUGGGCCCGCUCCUUUGCGUCGCGUUGCAUGCCGGAGCGCUUCUUGACUUACCAUUUCCUGGAGAUCUUCUUGAUAUUCAAUCGCUAUCUCAUCAAAAAAUUAUUAUUAUCUACUGCUACUAUCUUCACACUGCUCUUGUGUCCUUUUGUCAUCCAAAUUUCGAUUCCUUCUCUCUUCUUUUUAGUUCUUUGCAUCACCAUCGCCUUCUUCCGGAUCUUUCAGCUCUCUGAUUUGUCCUAAUAUACACACCCUACCUACCCGGUUUUUCUUUUCUUUUCUCUUCUUCACGUUAAUUGAACCAGUCUCAAGUUCUUUAGCCCUCAGCGUGUGCCUCCUCUUGUGAGGUUUCUGUAGCCAGUCCUUGCUCGCGCAAUUCAAGGUGCUGCUCAACGUAAGGAAUACUCGAGGGUUUAUUCGGCAUCAAUCAUACAGCGAAAUUAUGGCAGUGCAGGCGCAGUACCCGUCCAAUGUGAUUUUGCCCGAUUACCGCAAUAGCAGGGCCAGGCAGACAUUUGCGGGCAGUAACAGGAGUUACUUUUCGCCCGUUAACCUCACUCUGACCUCUUCUCUGGACGAAGCUCGAACACAAUCUCAGCCUCAGCCAAUCUUGGAAAUGUCCAACCCGAUGCGCAUGUUCAACCAAUUGUCUGCAGUUGCUGGCCUCAGCCAUGGUGUGCAAUCCGCUCCAGUGAUCAACAGCAAUGUAAUCUACACCAAGGCUGAGAAUGACUUGGGUUGUAAUUUGGUGAAUUCUCGUAAGCGAGCUAGGGAAGACGAUGAUAUUCGCGUAAAUUCAAGACAACAGCAGCAACAAAUGCUCAACAUGGAAUACCACCCAAACCAUGGGUCGGUAUCUGUUCCGCCUUCGACAACUGGGGUUUCGACUGGUUUACGCCUGUCAUUUGAGGAUGAUCGCCUAAACUCCACUUCCUCUGCCUCCACAAGCGGUCGAGAUAUCUCCACCUCUUUCAUGGCUGCAGUAGGCGAUGACCUCAACACACACUUGCAGCAGCAACGAGAGGAAGUCGAGCUGUUCUUUAAGCUUCAGGGUGAAAAAAUUAGACAGCAACUCGAAGAGAAGAGGCAGCGAUACUCUCGAGCCCUUAUUGGGGCGAUUGAGGAAGUUGUCUUGCGGAAAUUUCAUGAGAAAGACCUGGAAAUUGAGAAAUUGAAGCGGCAGAACCAGGAGCUUGUGAAGCAUGCGGAGCAGCUGACAGUGGAGACUCAUCACUGGCAGGCGAAGACCAAGGCCACAGAAGCCUUGGUGACUGCCUUAAGGGCAAACCUCCAGCAAGCGCAGGCAGCAGUAGCAUUCAGCCGGGAGCAUAGUAAGGAGGGAUGUGGGGACAGCGAAGCAGAUGAUGCGGCUUCGUCUCACCAUGGAGACGCCGAGGACAUGCAUGCACGCACCUUCAGGGAGAAUCGUGAGCUUCGGGAGCAGAGGACUUGCAGGUCGUGCCGGUGCAAUGAUGUAUCUAUCCUUCUUCUGCCAUGCCGGCAUCUUUGUCUUUGCAAGGACUGUGAAGCUCGCUUAGAUGUAUGCCCUCUAUGCCAGACCCUCAAGAAUGCCAGUGUUCAAGUGUACAUGUCAUGACGAAAAUCGAAGCAAACGGCUUCUUGCACUCCGGAAUUUUGAGCUUCCAAAUAUGGAGCAUCCAAUCAAUCACAGGAUUUGAAUCAAUCAGGUCAUUCUGGGGUGGUCAUAGCUAAAUGUCAUUCCUGGAUCAAGGCAUGCCGAGUGUAUUCGUGUGCAUAUCCAUCUCAUUUUGUUUCAUCACAGUCGGGUGACUGUAGCAGCGCAGGUGUAUGCUUCUGCACAUUUUUCUAUGACCACUUUCUACCCACCACGGCAGAAGCGCUAGAGACUUUCAUCUCUUUUGUACAUGAAGUUAUUCAUCAUAGGAAUUUUGUAAACAUGACUUUUGUGUAUAAGGUUUAGCACGAUGGUUGGGAUCUUCCCUCCAUUCUAAUUUUCAUAUCCCACAAUUACUUACUGUUCAUAUGCUA